GUGCGUCUGGGGCCGCGAUGUCCGGACGCGGCAAGCAAGGCGGCAAGGCGCGCGCCAAGGCCAAGACGCGCUCGUCGCGGGCCGGCCUGCAGUUCCCGGUGGGCCGCGUGCACCGCCUGCUCCGCAAGGGCAACUACGCCGAGCGGGUGGGCGCCGGCGCGCCCGUCUACCUGGCGGCCGUGCUCGAGUACCUGACGGCCGAGAUCCUGGAGCUGGCGGGCAACGCGGCGCGCGACAACAAGAAGACGCGCAUCAUCCCGCGCCACCUGCAGCUGGCCAUCCGCAACGACGAGGAGCUCAACAAGCUGCUGGGCCGCGUCACCAUCGCGCAGGGCGGCGUCCUGCCCAACAUCCAGGCCGUGCUGCUGCCCAAGAAGACCGAGAGCCACCACAAGGCCAAGGGCAAGUAGCACUCUAGCAGAGUGUGCGCCUCCAACCCCCCGUCCAAACCAAAAGGCUCUUUUCAGAGCCACCCACCACUUCUGAGAAAGAACUUAACACUCUUCCUGAAAUCUAGCUACAAAUGACCUAAAUGUAAGGAACACGAAAUAACUAGCAUCCUUUUUGAUAUGGCCAAUUCUGGUAAAGGCCAUACAAUGCAUAUUUUGGUCAACUAUAAAACCACUAAACCACCUUUAUUGUCCCCUCCCCACGAGCACACUACUCUUGUUAAUUAAGUUUCUGUUCCAGCUAAUGCACUAAUUAAACCUGUUUUGUGUUGUUUCUGGGUCUUUAUCACCAGCAGAACCUGAUGGUUCAUUGGUAACGAAAAGCUUCCUAACACUUCAGAGCUACUCCUAGAGAAAAGCUCUUAAUUACCGGUCACUAGAUCUCGGCACUCCACACCUGCUGAUUAAAUUUAGCACAGUUUACAUAUUAAGUAGCCCAAUCAGCCACUUGAUUGCAUCAGAGUAAGUUAUUGAUGUCAUAACCGCUCGCUGGUACUGAGGAGUCAACACUUAAGCUCCCCUCCCCGCACCACGCGGGGCAAAGUCAAGUUUUGGUGUUCCGGGCGGCCGCUGUGCCCGUCUUAUUUGAAAACUGAGUUUGUUCUGGGUCUCGGCACAGUCAGCAGAAGCAGAUCUUGAUGCAGUUACGAAACGCAACUUUUCUUAGACUAACCAACACAUUAUUCUGAUAUGAUUUUUUCCCCAUGUUAUAUGAAAAAGGGGAAAGGACUGAAAUUUAAGGACACUUUAGGCUCUGAGUUCACAGAUUCUAGGUCCGAUUCCUUUUCACUGGUGGAAUCUUAACGUUUUGGUUGAAAACAG